GGUUUUCUGUUUUAUGUAUGGAGGACUAAAAUUACCUAAUACCCAACAUAGAGUUGGUACAACUUAACACACAACACUACCACCAACCAUGGAAGGCACGAAAGAAAAAGAACACCUUUUAGCCCUUAAAGUUAUGAGGCUCACCAAACCCUCUCUCAUGCCAUACCACCCCCUAAUUAGUGACACCAGGGAUCUGCAAGGGGAACUACUCCAAGGAAUGCAACAGACAGACAUAGCACAGCCAGAUGGAGUUCCGUACUUUGGACUGGGAGAUUUAUUGACUUUGCCACAAAACUUUGGAAACAUCUUCCUAGGAGAGACCUUUUCGAGCUAUAUCAGCGUUCACAAUGACAGUGUACAACAGUGUCGGGACAUCACUUUAAAGGUUGACCUGCAGACGACAUCCCAGAGACUGAUGCUGUCGGGAGCAGAGGUGCCUGCAACAGACGAAUUAGGGCCAGACCAGAGCAUUGAUGAUGUCAUACACCAUGAGGUCAAGGAGCUUGGAACUCACAUACUUGUAUGUGCAGUUAGUUACACAACUAGCAAUUUUGAACAGAUGACAUUUAGAAAAUUCUUCAAAUUCCAGGUUUUGAAGCCACUGGAUGUGAAAACAAAAUUCUACAAUGCAGAGUCAGAUGAAGUCUAUCUUGAGGCUCAAAUACAGAAUAUAACACCUGGCCCAAUCUAUAUGGAGCAUGUAAGCUUAGAGCCAUCUCCACAGUACAUAUGUACACAGCUAAACAAUGCGGAGGGAAAAGAUGAAAAAGAGAUGGUGUUUGGCAAGGUUAAUUACUUAAAUCCCAUGGAUAUCCGUCAAUAUCUUUACUGCCUGAUUCCAAAGCCUGAAGUCAUCAAGCAAAACAAGGUCAUGAAAGGAGUGACCGACAUUGGGAAAAUUGACAUCGUGUGGAAGACGAACAUUGGGGAGCGUGGGAGGCUGCAGACGAGCCAGUUACAGAGAGUGGCUCCUGGCUAUGGGGACAUUAAAGUAAGCUUAGAGGAGACUCCAGAUUCUGUUGUGUUGGAGUCAUCAUUCACCAUCAUCUGCAGGAUUACAAAUUGUUGUGAAAGAACCAUGGAUUUAACCUUGACCCUCCAAAACAGUCAGCCCAGUGGACUUGUCUGGACAGGAAUCUCGGGGAGACAACUGGGUAAAUUGGUCCCAAAGGAAAAUCUGGACCUUAAACUCAAUCUGAUAGCCACCAUUCCAGGAUUACAGACAAUAUCAGGAUUAAGGAUAACAGAUAAUUUCCUGAAGAGAACCUAUGAACAUGACGAGCUGGCCUCGGUGUUCAUAUACAAUGACUCCAAUCAGUGACAUUGAUACAUGUGUACUGGUCCAAUCAGUGACAUUGAUACAUGUGUACUGGUGCCAAAAAUAAUGAGUGUCAGACGAGGUCUGCGAUUCGAAACCAAGGACUGGCUUCCAGGGGAUAAGAUUUCACCAUUUUGUUGCAUAUUCUGAUCCUUUUUUGAAGAAUUUUACAAUCUCUUGAGAAUAUGAUGUAUGGAUGACUUGAUGACGACUGGCUAAUGAAUAGAUAUUUCAUCAAGAUUACCGUAGAAGUGCAUCCAUUUUGGUACAUUAUCGUAUUUAGUUGCAUAAUAGCUUUGUCUUUUAACUGUGCAGUAGAACAUGCAAUUAGCUACGGAGUAUAAUGUAUCGUGUAACGCUGUACUUCCAGUGUGUAAACUAAGAACACAUUCAGUGUAUAUUUAUUGAAGUGCAAUAAUCAAACAUUUUUAAUGCAACACGGUUGUCAUGAAUGUAAAAUAAUGUUGUUAAGUAAAGCUUUUUUUUUAGAAAGAGAACAUAAGAUUUCUGUUUGUUAGUCCAUUUGUUUCAAACCAUACUAGCUACAUUUGUGCUUCCCAUUGUUCGUGUCAAUAUGUGUAUUUGUGAUCCAUAUUUGUGCAAAUUGUUUUAUGCAUUAAAAAACCACGAAAACAAAA